AUGUCUCAACCAACUGAGCACAAAUCAUGGACAAAGACUGUCGUCACCACAAGCAGCAAGAGCUUCACAUGCACAGUCUCCACCGAUCCCACCCUCAUCUCCCUCGACGCCCUCUCCGCAGCCUUCAACUCAGACUUCAUCUACUGGUCCAAACCCCUCACCCACGCCCAUCUCCAGACUCUAGUCCAAAACUCACUUUGCCUCGGUCUCUAUGAUGAAGAAAAAGAACUAAUAGGCUUUGGCCGCCUGAUAACCGACCGCCUCACCUUCGCCUACCUCACAGACGUCUACGUCCUCCCCUCCCACCAAGGCAAAGGACUGGCCAGAUUCAUGAUGUCCUGUCUGGACGAGAUAGUCUCCGAAUGGGAUGAGCACCUGAGACGCUUACUCCUCUUUACCCGAGACGAGGAAGCUGCCAAGCUCUACAAACACACCCUCGGGGCACAAGACGUGAGGGAGACUGGCACAGGAAAGCUAAUCUGCAUGGAGAGAGUCGGUGGCGGAAACACCUUCCAGGCACCAGAUCACUGA